AAUCACUGUUGCGCUGUGUGGAGGCUUUAAUUUUCCGAUGGACUCGCAGCAAACUAAAGAGGCGAUGCUUAAAAGUAGAAUGGAGAGGCUGCGAAAGUAUCAAAAACUUCGAGCCGAAGCCGGACCCGGAUCAGAAUCCGGAGCCCGAGUCUCAAUGGAGCAAACUACAACGGAGAGGCUGCAAAAGUAUCAACAAAAUCCCGGAUUCGGAGUCGGAUCCGGAACGAACUGGCCGCAAAAGUAUCCAUAUCUCGGAUUCGGAGCCCAAGCCGGAGCCCUCGACAAAUAUGCCACGGAUUUAACCAAGAUGGCAAGAGAGGGGAAAUUGGAUCCAGUAAUUGGAAUAGAGGAAGAAAUAGAGCGAGUGACGAGAAUUUUAUGCAUGAGAAAGAACAGCGUCUGCCUUACCGGUGAACCUGGCGUCGGCAAAACCGUCAUUGCUGAAGGUUUAGCCCUCAAAAUCAUCAACUCUGCUGUUCCGCAACAACUCCAAAAUAAAAGGAUUUUAUCCAUCGACGUGGGCAGCCUAGUUGCCGGAACAACUUUUCGCGGCCAAUUCGAGGAACGACUCACUAGUAUUGUAAAAGAAGUCCAGCAGAGCAAUGGUGAAAUUAUUCUCUUCAUUGAUGAGUUGCACACCGUUGUUGGUGCCGGUGCCGUAUUACAAGGCCCUCUUGAUGCAGCCAACAUUCUGAAACCUUCUCUUGCUCGAGGGGAGCUCAAGUGCAUAGGGGCUACAACACUAAAAGAAUACAGGGAGCACAUUGAGAAAGAUCCUGCCUUGAAAAGGCGUUUUCAAGUAGUACAAGUACCUGAACCUUCCGUUGAUAAGACGGUUAAGAUUCUGAUGGGGCUUAAGAGGAAAUUCGAGGAUUAUUAUGGUGUUUCGUACUCGGAUGAUGCUUUGAUCACAGCAGCUAAACUGUCUAAACAGUACAUUAGUGAUGCUUUCUUGCCUGAUAAGGCCAUAAAAAUUGUGGAGGAAGCCGGAGCUGGAUCAAUUUGCAACAAUACUAAUGAUGGACAAUAUAAGAAUGUUGUGAUCGGUUGUGAAAUGAUAAAACAAGUGAUUUCUUCUAGGACUGGGAUUCCUGUUGAAAAAGUAACCGGAGAUGAAUCCGUUCGGCUUCUCGACAUGGAGAAUGUUUUCGGAAAGUAUAUGGCCGGACAGGAUGAAGCGGUGCGAGCAGUUGCUCAAGCGGUUCGCAGAGCUAGGGUUGGCUUCGGUGAUCCUGAUCGCCCCAUUGCCACUUUCCUGUUCACGGGCCCAACUGGGGUCGGGAAAACUCAAUUGGCAAAGUUACUUGCGAGGGAAUAUUAUGGAUCCAAAGAAUCAAUGGUCAGGUUGGACAUGCGCGAGUAUAUGGAAAAACAUUCGGUUGCUAGACUCUUCGAAUCUUCUCCAGGUUAUCAUGGCUAUCAUGAAGGCGGGCAAUUAACAGAACCAAUCCGGAGGAAUCCUCACAGGUUGAUUCUGUUGGAUGAAAUUGAGAAGGCUCAUGUGGAUGUUUUUAAUGCGUUGCUUCAAGUUCUUGAUGAUGGGAGAUUAACAGAUGGGAAAGGGCAGGUUACUGAUUUUAAGAGCACCAUCAUUAUAAUGACAUCCAAUAUCGGAUUCAAGUCCAAUACUUCUGCUGAAGAUCAUGUAGCGAAAGAAGAUGAUGUAAGCGCAGAACUGAAUAGAAUUUUCAGGCCAGAGUUCCUCAACAGGCUUGAUGAGAUCAUUGUAUUCAAAAGGCUUGGAAAGGUUGAGCUGAUGAAAAUUGCGGACAUAAUGUUGAAGGAAGUUUGUGAUAGAAUUUUGCAGAAAAAGAAUCUAAAUGUUGAAAUCAAAACGAAGUUUAAGGACAAGUUGAUUUCUGAGAGUUGCAAUGAUGUCGACAAUUAUGGAGCGAGGCCACUAAAGAGGGCUAUAACAAGAAAUCUGGUAAAUAAGUUGGCAGAGAGCAUUUUGAAUGGUAACAUCAAGGAAGGCGAUUCCGUGUCCGUCAAUGUCAGUUCAAAGGGUGAUGUGCUUCUUUCUCCAGGGAAAAAGACCAUUAGGAAAAAAUAA